AUGGCCAACAAGUCCAUAAGUGAAUCCGGACUGCGGUCGCCGCAAACUCCUCGUUCCAGCGCUGCUUCUCCCAGGCCGAAAUUCGAUGGGGAUCUCCUGAAAGCUUACAUGAAGAAACUCUUAUCUUCGACGCUGCAGUCAAAAACAUGGCCGGGUAGUAAAGACAGGGAGAAGGUUCGGGCUUGGAAUAAAGAGAUAGGUGAAAGAGUAAAGGAACGGAUGGCUGAAAUCCAACCGCGCGGUUUGUGA